UCUAUAGUUUUGUAAAAUAGCUGUGAGCAUCUAGGGUGAUUAUGGAUUAAUUAUUAAUACUGCUGUUUUGAUAAUUGAACAUUGCUGAUUCUAUCAGAUGUAAUGCGAGGUUUUCAAAGUUUCACAGAUUUUGUAUGAAUGUAGUGCAACCAAUGAAAUAAUCUGUUAUAUGGACAUGUCGGCACAGUCCCAUGUACAACGAUUGGAUAAAACGACAAAAAAGAAAAACAACAAUAACUCUCUGGAAGAUAACGAGACGGAAAUUGUUGUACCUGAUAAUAAAGAGACAAACGUCAAAGAGUCAUCACCUGGUAAACAGAAACACCCUGUUAAAGACAGGGCGGACAAACCGUCAGUAGAACAAAAAGGCCUUCUUGAGGAAUCACAAGAGCUUUUCCAAGAUUUAAGUCAAAUGCAAGAAACGUGGCUUUCGGGCGUUUCCCCGUAUUCCAAAGUCAAACUGGAACAAAAAUCGUCACAGAAUUGCUGUAAAUCACCCGACGGUGUGAAACAAAUAGCCACAAAGUAUCCGUAUAUUGAACAAAGUUUUCAUAGCAACAGUUGUCAGGGAAGCGAAGGGUCAAGUUCACCAUCUGGAGAGUCUGUCUCGAGUUCAACAUCAAGUCGGGAAUGCUCAACUCCACAAGAUACCCGCGUGCCAGCACCAGCUCACGCGGCUCACAUUGAAAAUAGUACUGGCGGUCACCAAGGUACAACGUAUCACGGUCAAGACCUCAGACUACCGCGUCAGUAUGAAACAGAUAGUAGCUGUACUAGUAACACAGAUGUACAAAGCAAUUAUUCCCGUUUUAUGUCGAUGUCUUAUUCACAUUAUCUAAAAUCUGACGCACACGAGCGAACGUUCGAGAAUGAAAAUUCGUUUCCCAGAAGUCAUGGAUAUAUGUCGUCACCUUUUGGUCCUUUGUCUCCGCAUUCUGUAUCGAUAAAACAAGAGCCCAGAGAUUUUAAUUUUGACAACAGCUCAAGAUUUCACCCAAAUGCAGGUUUCCAUAGAUCAUUAUGGAACAGAAACCCGAGUCCCUCUGAAGUUGUAUCUUGCCCCUAUGAGAAUACAUUUCGAUUAUUUUAUCCAGAAGAUCCCAUGUACUUUGACAGACUCCGAGAGAGACAUCGAUCUUACUAUGAAGGUAUGGAUGUGAAGGCGGAGUUAUAUAGAGACCUAUAUUUUGAACGAUACCGCGACCUUCCGCAUCCUUCAUACCAGAGACGUGGCUCCCUACAACUGUGGCAAUUUUUGGUCACCUUACUUGAUGACCCUUCAAACUCAUCGUUCAUAGCCUGGACCGGGCGGGGCUUGGAGUUCAAGCUUAUUGAACCAGAGGAGGUGGCAAGAAGAUGGGGAAUACAAAAGAAUAGACCAGCCAUGAACUAUGAUAAACUGAGUAGAUCAUUACGGUAUUACUAUGAGAAGGGUAUAAUGCAGAAAGUCGCCGGGGAAAGAUAUGUUUAUAAAUUUGUGUGUGAUCCUGAAGCUCUUUUUUCAAUGGCAUUCCCUGACAAUCACCGACCAGUUCUUAAAACUGACAGUUCGGUGCAUUCCGUAAAUGACGGACUUUACCGAGAAUCUAGUCAUUCACCGGAAUCACAAACUACGUCAUUUCCACUGACGUCAAUACCGACGCCGACACAAUUACCACAGUUACCGGCAAUAAAUGUUGCAUCGUCUGCAGGAACAAAUAUAUUCCCAGCACCAGACCCACACCGUUAUCAAUAUAUGCAGGAUAUGCAGAAAAUGUACAAUUCAGGACCAUAUAUGGAAUCAUGCGUAUAUUAACCAAAUCUUGUUGUUACAGUAAACUACACAAUCUAAGAACAUGUCACAUUUCAUUGUGGUUAGAUUCAUGUGUUGUUUAUUUUUUAAAUCUAUACUAUUUCUUUCUUUAUUUAUCGGAUGUGUUUAUGAAUUCAUCUUUACACUGAACUUUCUCAUUUGAAUGUGGUUUAUUAAAAAUUAGCUGUUAUGCAUGUAUCAAUCUGUUUGUAAUCAGCCCCUUAAUAACAUACGUUUUAUAUAAAACACAGGGAGGUGUGACUUUAGUCAGAUUUGUGCAUAUAUUGGAAUAAAACGUAUGGCUGAACCGGUUAUAAGUCCAUUUCAAGUAGCUCUGUUAUUUUAAUACAACUCUAAUAGAUAUCACAUUUAAAAAAUUGAGAUGUCAUAUAAUAUAAACAAUUUAUUUCAGUAUACUUGUGUCUAGCUUUAUGACCUUAUACAGAUUAUAAGAUGUAAAUUUCAAAUAAGUAUAUUAACUAAUUGAAAAUCAUACACUAUUAGUUUACAUUUUAACCGAUUUGGCUGAUGAUGUCAGUCACUGCAUACAAGUUAUUAAACUCUAGCUGCUUUGUUUACAGAGAUAUUUAACAAUAAUAUAUUUGUAUUUGUUAGUAAUGUCAAAUUAAAUAUGUAAAUAUACA